AUGUCGACGCCGCAAUUAUUGACAAGCGCAUUGAUUUACAUCGGUGAUCACAAAAAUAUUCUUAUCAAAUGUCGCGCAUUGCUAGAUACUUGUUCCACAGCAAAUUUCAUCUCAGAGUCUCUAGUGAUACAACUCGGCAUUCCCGUAGUCGCCAGUACGACGUUAGUCGGCGCGAUUAACACUAUCAGCACCGAAUCGAAAGCCGCGGAUCCCGACUUUCAUUUACCCCGACCUGUCGAUUUACUGAUCGGAUCGGGGGCGACAUUGUCAUUAUUAUCCAUCGGGCAAGUUAAUUUGUCGCAUCCAGAUCAUGAUCUGUAUCUGCAAAAAACGCGGCUCGGUUGGGUGGUCGCCGGCAGUACACCCGUCGGUACAUAUUCAAAGACGGCGAUUUGCCAUUUAACGAAUUUGGAAAAUCAGAUAGUCAAAUUUUGGGCAGUCGAGGAAAUUGAGGAGAAACACCCCAAGUCCAAGGAGGAGAUCGAAUGCGAGACGCACUUUAUUAAAACGACUAACCGCACUUCCGACGGACGUUACAUAGUUUCGUUACCAUUUCGCAACACGGGCAAGCGUCUUGGAGAAUCCCGAAGCGUAGCACUUAAACGUUUCUUAGCCUUAGAACGUAAGUUCGACCGAGACGCAGCAUUCAAAGCCGAAUAUACGCGAGCAUUCGAACAAUAUUUAACUUCGAACCAUAUAUCGGUGGCAGACGAUCCGGAGGAUGACGGAUAUUAUAUGCCGCAUCAUGCGAUAUUCAAGGAUUCGAGCGAGACAACCAAAAUCAGGAUUGUAUUUGACGCGUCAGCGAAAACAAAUACCGGUUUGUCUUUGAAUGAUGCGUUGAUGGUGGGACCGACGAUACAGAACACUUUAUUUGCACACUUAAUUCGGUUCCGAACUUACAAAUACGCGAUAACCGCAGACAUUGAAAAAAUGUACUUGCAGGUACUUGUGCAUGAAAACGAACGAAAAUUUCAGCGCGUUUUGUGGCGCAAAGAUGACGAGAUCAAAACUUUUCAGCUCAAUACGCUCGCAUUCGGUGUAGCCUCGUCACCGUUUCUCACGAUUCGCACCCUCCAACAGCUUGCGGAGGAUGAAUGCCACGCCUUUCCUGAGGCAACUAAAGUCCUCAAGACACAUUUAUACGUCGAUAACUUACUGUCAGGAGCGAAUACCAUUGACGAAGCGCGAUUGAUUAGGGACAAAUUAAUCGAUUUACUCGCGCGGGGAGGUUUUAACAUAAGGCAGUGGGCAUCUAAUGAAGAGCGCAUUAUUAAUGAUUUGCCGACGCGCGCGUUGCAUGCGAGCCUGGCGCUUGACGCGGAUGGUUCCUUAAAAACUAGGAAUACGAUGGAGCAUACGCAGCGAUGA